GGCGCUAGGGCGGCCGAUAAGGCUGUUGCCAUGGUGAUGAAGGAGCUUCCGAGGGAGGAGUCCGCGGAAGAAAAGCCCCUCCUUACUGUGACAUCACAGCUGGUGAAUGAGCAACAAGAAAGCAGACCCCUUCUGAGCCCUUCCAUUGAUGACUUUCUCUGUGAAACGAAACCAGAAGCUGUUGCAAGGCCUGUAACAUCAAAUACAGCAGUGUUAUCAACAGCUUUGGAUCUCUUGGAUCUUAGUGAACCUGUCUUACAAACCCAAAACAAAGCAAAGAAAUCAGAGAAUGCAUCAAGAGGUGAAGGCUUAAAAGCUUCAACCCACAGAAAGAAGACAGACAAUUCUGACCUUAUCAGUGUGGAUACUGAGCAGAAAGUCCAGACUGUUAGAGUUUCAGACAAGUCUUCACUAGAUUUAGUUCAUAUUCAGACACAGCUAGAGAAAUGGGAUGAGGUGAAUUUUCAUGGAGACAGGAGCAGCAAGGGCCACCCAUCUACAGAGCGAACAUCAUCAUCCAGAGCUCCAUCAAAAGAGCUUUUAUGGUCCACAGAAAACAGAUCACAGUCUGAGCUGGCUAAUGUCAAGAGUGCCUUGGAUUCUGAUUCAACAUCAGAUUUAGAACUAGCACCUGCACCACAGGCACGAUCAACUAAGGAGCAGCGUUGGGGAGGGCCUCUCCUCUCUAGAAAUCACUCUUUGGAGGAGGAAUUCGAAAGAGCAAAGGCAGCUGUUGAGUCAGACACAGAAUUUUGGGAUAAGAUGCAAGCAGAAUGGGAAGAAAUGGCUCGCAGGAACUGGAUUUCAGAGAACCAGGAAACACCAGGGCAAGUCACCAUCUCAACCAUUGAGAAGGGCUAUUAUUUUCAUACUGAAAAUCCUUUCAAAGACUGGCCUGGUGCUUUUGAGGAAGGGCUGAAAAAAAUGAAAGAAGGUGACCUGCCAGUUACAAUCUUAUACCUGGAGGCUGCUAUUCUACAAGAACCCAAUGAUGCAGAGGCCUGGCAGUUCCUGGGCAUAACGCAGGCAGAGAAUGAAAAUGAGCAGGCAGCCAUUGUCGCCCUCCAAAGGUGCUUGGAGCUACAGCCAAACAACCUAAAAGCUUUGAUGGCACUCGCUGUAAGUUAUACUAACACUGGCCACCAACAAGAGGCCUAUCAAGCCCUAAGAAACUGGAUAAAGCAAAAUCCAAAAUACAAAUAUAUAGUGAAAAGCAAAAAAGGGUCCCCAGCACUUACCAGGAGAAUGUCUAAGACAUCAGACGAAAGCUCAUUACUUGAAGAAGUAAAGGAUUUGUACCUGGAGGCAGCUCACCAGAAUGGUGAUAUGAUAGACCCUGACUUGCAGACAGGACUUGGAGUUCUUUUCCACCUGAAUGGAGAAUUUAACAGAGCAAUAGAUGCAUUUAGUGCUGCUUUAACUGUUCGGCCAGAGGACUAUACAUUAUGGAACCGACUUGGAGCAACUUUGGCAAAUGGGGAUCGAAGUGAAGAAGCUGUUGAGGCCUAUACACGUGCUUUAGAAAUACAGCCUGGCUUCAUUAGGUCCAGAUACAAUUUAGGGAUAAGCUGCAUCAACUUAGGAGCAUACAGAGAGGCUGUCAGCAAUUUUCUCACUGCUCUCAGUUUGCAAAGAAAGAGCAGGAACCAACAGCAGGUUCCCCAUCCUGCUCUAUCAGGCAAUAUUUGGGCAGCACUCCGAAUUGCUCUGUCUAUGAUGGACCAACCAGAACUAUUUCAAGCUGCCAAUGUGGGUGAUCUAGACAUUCUGUUAAGAGCUUUUAACCUAGAGCCGUAAUAAGAAAUGUCCACAAAGCGAUUAAGCUGUAUUAGGAACUAGAGAACUCUUCUAUGACUUAUCUCAAAAUGACCACGUUUUCCAAAAGAUCACGGCUGUAGAUGAGUAGGGGAAGUCUCCUGGACACGACUCAAAAAGGAAAAGUUCAAAAGCACAAAAUACUGUAAAUAGGUUCAAAAUCAAACGAUUGAAAUGUAUUGCAGCUAAUCUGACAAAGCCCUGAAUUAGAUGAAGCAGUCAUUUCUGAAGAAUCUUCAUCCCAUGCAAGCUGUAUCUCUAUGUAUACUCACAGCUGUACAAAGAAAAAUAUAUUAGGAACAAACCUAGAUAAUCAUUAUUGCACAGUAGAAUGGAGAGCAACGUAUCCAAGGAAUCUGCUUAGUAGCUCAUUGCACUAUGCUGACGCCACUUUUCCCUACAACAGGGAUUCCCUAUCCUUUGGUUUCUUUGUUGAAAAGUCUUCUCAAGGUCCAUCUUUAAGAUAGCUCUGAAAAUAGAUGCAUGUAAAAUGGAUGUAUUUUGUUUUGACUAUAUUUAUUAGUUAGCAGUCAACAAGAGCUUUGCUUCUGAAGAUUCCUUGAUUGAAUUUGGGCCCAAUUCUCCAGGCUCACAGAGCUGCAAACUCCGUGGGCUGUAACAAGAACAUUGUACAUGGAGGUCUCAUGGGAUUAGACUUACCGGAAAGACAAAUGUUUCAAGCAGAAGCAGUAAUUUGCACUAGAACUGUUGUUUAAUCCAGCUAUCCCUGAUCUUGGAAAGAGUAUGUCUUCUACAAAGGCGCUUGGAGCAGGAUCUGCACCAGUCUAUGUACUUAUGCACUUUAAUCUUUCUUUUUGUAAAAUAAUGCUACAUUUUUAUUUUUAUUAGUAACAACAAAAUAUAUACAAGAUAGCCUUGUUGGCAUAGAGGACCAAAUAUCAUUUCCUGAAAUGUGAUUAGAAGGUUUUCAAUAUGUUUAAAAAAAUGCAAAUACAAAUAAUAUCUAUUGGAAAGACUAUUUUAUUAUGCAUCUACCAGGUAUUGCACACAUGCAUGCUGUAUGUGAAUUAUGUCAUUUGAAAAGAUAAUAAGCCUGCAGAUUUCUAUUACAAAUAAAGAAAAACUUCAUAGGAGUUAAUGCUUGCAGACCAUCCUCAAGGGAAAAUUUUCCCUGAAAAGAUUGGUCUAUAUAUGGAUUGUAGGAUUGGGAUUAAGAUUUGAUCCUGCUCUUAUGGCAAGCUGUAGCAAAAUUCUCAGUGACCUCCAUGAUAGCAGACCAAAUCCUUAGAUAACACUGGUAUUUGUAGCUACCAAAAAAAAAAAAAAAAUCUUAGUUUUGCUGGAUUGGAUGAAUGGGAAACAGUAUUUGGGUGGGAGAGUGGGGGUGGAGAAUGCACUGCUGCAUGAUGAAUGAAUUGAUUUAGGCGCAGUGCAAACAUGUUUAGUUCAACGUGAAUGUGUCAAUCAAAGACAGGAAUAGAAAUUUUUCAGGAGUUAAUUUUCAGUUGCUGAUAUUUUAAUAAGUUACUGAUAUUAUUCCUAAACAGUGAAAGAAAAAAAUUUAAUUGAACAGCUAAUGUUUUGGUACACAGUCAGGAAUGUAACGUACAGGGUAUGUACUGGAAUGUGUUAAAGUAGGAAAAACAGCAUAUUUCCUAUAAGCAGCAUAAAGAAAAAAAAAAUCAGCCCAAUCGGCUGUAUCGAAAAAAGAAAAUUCAAACGCACAGAUCACAGAGAAACUCUGGAGGAAUUAGGCAGUUUCACCAGUACAAACCUAAAGUUUCUUGCAGCUGUAUGUUAUUUUGAGCAACCACUUAAACGAAACUUCCAUGUAAGAUAGUCUAAUCACUGCAUCUAAUCACCAAGUGUAAUUUGUUAAGUAAAAAUAAUCAAUUCUAGUUAAAAUAAAAGGCCAUCACUCCCUUCCACAGAAUAGAGGUGCUGAAACAGCUCCAGGAAUUUUUGAAUAGUGCUUUAUUAAUUCGUUGUCAAUAUAUAUUCCUAUUUAUCUAUCGAGCACGUAACAGAUUCCUGCAGUUUUUCUCUAAGGACUGGGUAUCAAGGACUAAGACUAGGAAUGUCAUUUUAGCUGAAGCAGGCUUGCUGUACACAUAUCUGCUGAGAACAGUUUGCUCUUUUGCUUUGACAGCGAUGUGUGAUGACAGUCCUUUAUUGAUAAGGCAGAGCAGAAGGUGCAGUGCAACUGAAUCUGGAAAAGUGGUAAGGGAGAAAGGAGGCAGCUUUGAGAAGAGGCUGUAAAGCAAAGGCAUAUGUGCUUAGAUUUUGCUUGAUGACCUGCCAUCACAAAUGUUCUUCUAGAAUAUCCUCUGUGCUAUGGUGUAAGAUAAUUAGUGCUUAUCCAGAGGAUUUAGAUGUUCAAGAGCUUUAUUUUUGUGCCUCUCAAAUCAACAAACUUCACUGCUUGACUUGUCAGAGUCAGAAUGACCAUGGGCAUGUGUAAUAUUGAUGACAGUUCACUAAACCUAUUUUUUUCUAGAACGUGGAUGAGUAAUGCAGCAAUUUUGUUAGGUAUCACUUGGGCCCUGCAUUAAAAUCUAAUGCAACUCCUAGCCCUCCAAAAAGAACAGACAAAGUAGGUAUCUCUCAAUUUAUCCUGGGAUGCACUGCUCAAAACUGCAUGCAUCUGCUAACACAUGAACACCAACAUUACUGGUACCAGAAGAAUGGCCUGUACAAACCUAGAAAAAAAUCACUGGGGCUAAACUCUGCCUCCCAAGGGUAUACUCAGUCCUCCAAAUUCAUCAUAGGCACAGCAGGUCUGCCACACCGGGGCGAGGGUAGGAAAAGCCUAUCAAAAGAGCCUGUGCAAACUCUGGGAGAUUAUCCCAUCUUUCUGUCCUGUUUUAGAUCACCUAUAGCCAGUUAACCACAUACCACUGACCAAGAUGUUGUGCAAAGGAAAGACUAGAGCAGACGUAGACUUAAAGGGAAGGGGAGCACACCUACUCCUACUCCACUAGACACCAGUUCAGGCCCAGUCUGCGUAGGAGAGUGGCUGGUGCCUAAGCUCUCCACACAAACAGGACAGGCUUGCUUAUGCUUAAUAGCCCUUGGUAAUGCUGGGGACAGCGCCGUGUAUGCUUCAGUAUCCUGGGUUUUAUGUUCUUCCUUCAGCCUCUGCUUGCCAAGCACUGUCAGUACAGAAGGCAGGAUUAGAUCUUGCUUUGGUCUUACCCCCUCAUGGUGUUUCUUACGUAUUCAGAGGCAAGCAUGUGUGUUUGCCUGGAACAGCAAGAGGAAACAUGUGCGGAGGCUGUAUUAUAUUAACACCCUGAAGAGGAAAAGCAUCUACUUGUACUUCUAACCAGGCACGAGGUAGGAUAAAUAAGGCGGCUGCUGAACUGUAGCAGAUUGAGCCUGUGAGUGAGAGACAGGAAAUCUGGGUCCUAUUCUCAGUGCUCCCUUUGGGCUCGACCCAGUCCCAAUCUCCUUCCAUCCCCGACUUGCCCAGGCGCGCAAGGAAGGAAGAAAGGGAAAUAACAGCCAUUGCAUGUGAUGGCCCUGUAUGAGAGCAGAGUAAUUCUGUUAUCUCACAGACCAAUUCAUGUGAGUGAGGUUGCCCCUUCUGUAAAUUCAGAGGAGGUAAAACACAACAACUGUGAGACUGCUCAGGUGUAAGGAAGGAAGCAGUUUUACACAGAGACUAGCAAUUUCAGCAGAAGAGAACCUAAGACAUUUCAAGAUUAGGACUGUACAGCAUGUAUGUGAUACCAAAUGAAAGGGCUGCAAUGGUCUGUCAUCAACUCCCCAUCCUGCUUCCCCUUCUUGUUACCCCCCUCUUUCUCUAGAAGUGGCUUACCACUUCCAGGUAAUUGAUUCCAAGUUGUUGAGUCUUUCUUCUAUUUUAUAUAUUUAAUGCAGUUAAAAACGCUUUCCUAACCCCAGCUUUCCUAACGCUCUCCUUUGCAAAGCUUUAUGAAUGUUUAUGACCUGUAAGUCUGAUCCAUCAAGCUGCUGAACACUCAAAUCCUGCCGACUUCACAGGAGUGCUCAGCACUUUGCAUGAUCAGACCAUGUGCGCACAUUCAGUUACUGGACCAGGGCUGACCUCUGAUAGCAUUGCUCAUGCUGAACAGCCACUGAAAUCAAAGUGAUUAUUUAUGGAAUAAGACUUCUCAGUGAAAGCAACGGGCUCAUUUCUUGCUGAUCUCUUUAAACUGCAAAGACAAAAAUCCUUGUCACAAGAGACUGGUUUAUGUCAGUUUAAAAUACCAGUUUGAUUUUUAGGUAAACACAUACACAUAUCUGUAUCUAAUGGUAUUUUCUUAGUAUCUGCUAAAUCACAGCAUUUGUAAAAAAUAUUGAAGGGGAGGUUCAAAUAACACAAAACCUCACACAUGACAAUAUUGCAUGCAACUAUAUUAACAAAUAACCAUAUUGAAAUAUUAACCCAAAGCAUGGUGUAAUACUACUUGCAUAUACAUUUAUGGAAUGCAUGCAUAAGGCCCACGCAUAGGGUAUUCUUAAACUAUUGACUGGUAUCUUCUAUGGCAUAUUUAAAAAGCACUUUGCAUCUUCUAAACACAAAACUGGAAUUGUUUAUGUUACAUGGAACAGGUUAGAUCAACACAGAGCACUUUUUAAAUCCCAUCCUUGCGUUGUGGAUUUCAUGCUUUUUUCAGGUGUUUAAUUAAUGACAGAACUCCACAGUAGUAUCUUUUGCAGACAUGUUUUUAGUAUCCUUUUAAGAAUUAAAAAGAUUAAUAUAUGCAGCUUUCACAAUGAAGCCGGGUUUUUGGCUUUCCACAUUUUCUUCACAAGUCUAAACUAGGUAUCACCAAGCCAGAGAAAAAGAUACCGAGAACCAUCGAAACAGAUAGCUAUUGUUUUGGUCUACAUGUACCACAACCAAGCUUUUCAGAUCUAUCCACUAGCUCUGAAGGUGGCUAAGUGUCCAGCUAUCCUGUUUGAAAUAUGUAGACCUUACACUUCACAGGAUCUGAAUACCUGCUGCAUCCAUUCAUUUUGCAGAUGCUUAACUCAGCUGAAAGCUCAGAACAUCAUGUUAGGCACUAAGAGCUAGCGCAUCACUUUAGAAAACUUGGGCCUGCCUGUCAGAUGGAAAAGAGGACCGUGACAACACCAACAGAUCAGCCAGGUGAUCCCACGAGCAUUUGUAGGGCAAAGGCCUUCAGGACACAAAAGCCAGCAUUGCAGGGAUAAUAACUUACAACAUUACUGGCGACCACAGAAGCAGAGACUGAGGCCUAAAUCAUUGCCUCUCAGAGCCAGUGAGAGUCGGGCUGGAACACAGAUUGUUUGUCGAUCUGUCUCAUCUCAAUGUGCAUCUGAAAAAUGACACAUUAGUUACUUAGCAUGAAUAACCUGCACAGCUGAUAAAAUGGAGACUUCUGGUCACCCAUGCUAUCAGCUUAGCAGUCUGUACAGUGAAUUUAUAUAACAAAUGUUUAUAAAAUACCAAUACUGAGUAUUCAGAGACAGAAAUGAUAUACAAAAUGCACUGCACGUUGUGAAAAAAAACUGAUGGGUAUGCAAUACAGUAUUAUCUACUACUCAGACCUCAUCUAGACUAGAAAUCAGAUUCUUAUAUUAUAAUUCUAUUACUGGACUGGUAAAAUACAUCAGAAAAAAAAGAAAGAAAAAAAAAAAAAAGAGUGCCAUGCAUGAAGAGACCACUGAUGCUUUGAACAAACCUAGACAAAAUGAAAAAGAAUCCACAGAAAGAUUCAAAGCCUCAACACACAAAGCAAUAGGUGCUAGGCACGGGGGAGAGACAGUCAGAAGGAACCUAGUUUUCCUAAAAUCAGCUGUAAUUUUACAAAUGCUUGCACAUGUGACACCCCAUUGAGCAAGCUUGCAUGGUCAAGACUUAAUGUGCUUUGAUCUUUUUUCCCUUUCCACAUUUACAGAAUGGCCCUGACAUUGGCUAAAUCUUUAAUUUAAAUAGCCUUUUUAAUAUCAGUAAUCUACUGUAAAUUCAGAAAAAUCAAAACAUUUAUAUAUAUUUUAUAUAUCAGAGUAUUACAUAUCUAGAGUAAACUAAAAUAUAUAGUUUUGAAAGGCAGUCUGUGCAGCUUCUUCUAUAUGCUGUAAACUGUUUGAAAACCUUUGCAGUCUUGCAUCAGUUUCUUUGGCUUUAUUUUUAAGCCAACAUAUAGGAGAGAAGAGAUCAUAGGGUUUGCAAAGACUUUUACCUGGGCCAUCCGAAAAGCCCUGUUCCUGCAAAGACUUACGCUGCUCACUUAACUUUGCAUGCUGAAUAGUCUCUGAAGUUAAGUUUACAUGCAAGGCUUAGCAGCAAGCAGGGCAGCGGAUGGAGAGGUGGGAGUUCAGCCCUACACUCGAAUGUUUACAUUCCGUUUUAAAGGUUCACAUUGACCCAGAUUGACAAUCUGCGUCUGUAAGUACAUACGGAGCAAAAGAUUAGUUUCUUACAACAGGUAACUUUGCCUCUGUAUAUUUAGUGCAUUAUCAGCUGUAUAUAAUAUUAAACACAGACCUGCAGUUUACCGAUGCUUUAAUUUGAUGUUUCCUUGCACUGCUCUUUAAAAUAACCUAUUUCCUCAGAAAUGAACUAUGUGCAUAUUGGAUGUGUUAAAUUUAUUAAGCUUAUAGAUUACUAUUUGCAGAGUACCACAGUUAAUGUAGUAUUUUUGUACUGCAAUGGCAGCAUGCCUUCCUUUGGGUUCCCAGUGUGGGUUCUUUUCCACAUAUUAUACUGUAUUUAUUUACCCGUAUUUAUAACUGUGCAAUUUUUAAAUAUGUUUUAAAAAUAAACUUUGUCUGUGGCUUCAAAUAUUUCAAAAUUUCUUUUGGAUUUUAAGAUGGUUUUGACUAUAGUUACUUAAAAUGAAAGGAGGGACCUACAUCUUAAAGUGAAAUAAAAGAUUUUUUUAAUGA